AUGAAGACUUCACCAUCUAGAACGAGUCCAUCAAAACCUGUGGUAUUCUCUGAGCCUAUUGGAGGUGAAGGUAACGAGGAAGUGUUCAAAAAACCAAGUCCUCGUGUAAGUACAGCCAAUUUAACAGAAAAAACUAAUCAAUCAAAUGCCCGCCAGGGUACAAAUAGUUUUGAUAGUGAUUCAUUCAAUUCAAUGUCAUCACCAUGUGAUAGAUUCAAGGAAGACUCAAUUGAAGAGAUUGAGAGGUUUUUGAAGUCUCAACAUCUUGAUAUUGAGGAUUCGGAAUUACAUUUGUCUUCUUUAGAGGUGUUACAACAACAUAUUGAUGAAUUGGUUGAUGGCGUUAAGUAUCAGGAUAAAGUUGAACAAUUACCACCAUUUGAUUGGGAGAAAAUCCAGAAUGCUUAUGGUGAUAUAAUGAAUAACUUUGUCACUCAAGCUAAAGGGAUUCUUGAAGAAAUGCAUGAUAUUGAGAAUGUAAGUUUACCAUUUCCCAUCGUACCCCAAAUGCGUACUAACUUCUUAGAAUUUGAGAUUAUGGCAAAACACCUAUUUCAGAUUAGAUCAUGGCAAAUGUUUUCAAAAGUAUGUAGAUUGACCUCUUUCCAAACAGUUUGGACUGUACUAACCAUUUUUAGAAUCAAAAAUGUCCUGAAAGCUAUGGAUGAAAAACAAGAAGAAAUAUCAGCUAUCUCUGAAAAAUUUAAUGAACUCCAAACCACUUUGAAGACAGAGUUUGAAAAAUUUGAAUCAUAA